AUGGCUGCGAUUGUGGCGAAACUAACGCGAACGACUCAAUGGCGGAUUGUUCAACAUCAAUAUCUGCUUCUACGUGCAGUGUCGACAUCUUCUUCUAACUCGUAUUUCCAAAUUGCUUCCUUCUCUUCAGCAUUUCGUCGAGCAGGUCUUGUACAUUCUCAAAUCUUAAGCUACGUACCCAAUUUCGUCUCGUCCAAUCGAUUCUCCACCCAAACCAUCUCCGAAACAUUUGAUGUCAACGAAGUCUUUGCUCCGCUGGAACAGGGUCUGAUUGAUUUAGUCAGAGAGGUCUCUGAGCUAGAGUCGGAGUCGGAUGCCAUGGCUUCUCUAGAAGAGUCCUCCUUUGGUCUCAGUCACGAUUCUGUGUACUCUCUAAUCUGGGAACUAAGAGAUGAGUGGAGGCUUGCCUUUCUGGCAUUCAAAUGGGGAGAGAAACGCGGCUGCGAUGAUCAGAAAGCUUGUGACUUGAUGAUCUGGGUUUUGGGUAAUCAUCAAAAGUUCAACAUUGCUUGGUGUUUGAUCCGUGAUAUGUUCAAUGCUUCAAGGGACACUCGAAAGGCCAUGUUCCUCAUGAUGGACAGAUAUGCUGCUGCUAAUGAUACUAGCCAAGCUAUUAGAACAUUUGGUCUCAUGGAUAAGUUUAAGCACAUUCCUGAUGAAGAAGCAUUUCAAGGGUUGUUGUAUGCAUUAUGUAGACAUGGGCACAUUGAAAAAGCUGAAGAGUUUAUGCUUGCAAGCAAAAAGCUCUUUCCGGUGGAUGUUGAGGGGUUCAACGUAAUUCUUAACGGUUGGUGUAACAUUUGGACUGAUGUGGCUGAAGCGAAGAGGGUUUGGCGAGAGAUGGGGAAUUACUGUGUCACGCCUAACAAGGACUCAUACAGUCACAUGAUCUCUUGCUUCUCUAAAGUUGGGAACCUUUUUGAUUCUCUCAGGCUCUACGAUGAGAUGAAGAAACGAGGGUUGGCUCCAGGGGUUGAAGUUUACAGUUCUUUGGUUUAUGUGCUGACACGUGAGGAUUGCUUUGAUGAAGCUAUGAAGCUUAUGGAAAAGAUGAAGGAGGAAGGGUUAAAGCCAGAUUCUGUCACUUAUGACUCGAUGAUACGGCCGCUUUGUGAGGCUGGAAAGGUGGAAGAAGCCAGGGAUGUGUUGGAAACCAUGAUAAGUGAGAAGCUAAAUCCAACAGUUGAUACAUUUCAUGCAUUCCUUGAGGCUGUAGAUUUUGAUCAGACUUUAGAGGUUUUAGGCCAAAUGAAGAUUUCUUGGUUAGGUCCUAAAGAAGACACCUUUCUCCUCGUUCUUGGAAAACUGUUCAAGGGAAAGCAACCGGAAAAUGCUUUGAAGAUCUGGGAAGAAAUGGGUCGUUUUGAUAUAGCGGCUAAUCCUGCUCUCUACUUGGCUGCAGUGCAGGGCCUUUUGACAUGUGGUUGGCUUGAAAAGGCUAGAGAGAUUUAUUCAGAGAUGAAAUCAAAGGGGUUUUCAGGAAAUCCUAAGCUCCAGAAACUUCUUGAGGAGCAAAAGGUGAAUGGGAACAGAAAAAGCAAGAGGAAAGAUCUUCAGAAAGUUGGUUCUCGGGGAGGCUAUAAAGGUCAACGAUCAAUAUACAUGAAAGAAUCAGAUACGAGUAAGACUUGA